ACACCAGAUCUACACAAACCAAAAAAAAAGGAAACGAAACGAUGCCGGACAACGCCAACCCGAUCCUGAAGUCCUCGACCCCGUCCCAUUUCUCAUCAUUGCCAUCAUCAUCGUCGGUGUUAACGGAGCACCAAGAGCGGAGGAAGAGGUUCUUGGGACGAGUGCAAGAGGCCUCUGGGGCGCAAGAAGACCCGUACUAUCUCGACUCGGUGGACUUACUGGACGACGAGUCCGAGCAGGAUCUCAAGACUGGCUCGCUCAAGCUUCCCGAUAAGCGCAGUGGUAGCGAUGAUGAAGAAGAGAGGAUAGACUCGGAAGAGAUUUUCGACCUCAUUCGCUCGAUCACCGAUCCCGAACACCCGCUCACUCUCGAAGACCUCUCCGUCGUCUCGCCCGACCAGAUCACCGUCUCCUAUCCGCCCACCGACCCCGACCGCUCGGAUAGUCCCCACGUGUUGGUCAGGUUCACGCCGACUAUCCCGCAUUGCUCGAUGGCUACUCUGAUCGGGUUGACUUUGAGGGUUCGAUUGUUAAGGUCCUUACCCGCCCGCUUCAAAGUAGACAUCAAGAUCAAAGAAGGCAGCCAUCAAUCUGAGAACUCGGUCAACAAACAAUUGAACGAUAAGGAACGAGUCGCCGCGGCCCUCGAGAACAACCAUCUCUUGGGCGUCGUCCAGCAGUGCUUGAGCACCGCCCAUCUUCGUGGUGCCAAGCCUGACGGCUCGUCCCAUUAGUUUUUGCGAUCCUUGCCCAUUUCUUCUCGUUUCGGUCGAUCUUCUUCAAAGGAAAUUGUGUACAUCUACAUACACAUCAUAGUCUCGCUUUUCUGACCUUGUUGUCGUUUAUCUCAUCAUGUAUCACUUCUCACAACUCAUGCAUCUUUCCCGUUAUCAAGAUCAUUUGAGUCUUCCACCAGAAUGGGCUUUCCAUUGCUCUUUCAAUCGACACAUGCGCUAAACUUGUCUACUCGAUGAAAUCCCACCAACUAACGGUUCUUUGCAAGCUUGGUGAAGGGAUCUGGGAGAGCCAAUGGUACAUGAACGAUGAAGAUUUUGACAAUUGAGUGCAAAAUCCAUUUCAAGUCUCAUAGUGUAAUAUUAAUCAAUCACUGGUUACGAGCUAAUGAGACAGACCAGAACAAAAAAACAAACAAACUGAAAACAAAAUGAGAGGGGAAAUCCCAAAGCAAAAACAGAUGGAUAUUUAGAAUGUCAGGUGAUUUGAUUAGAGGGAAGAGGAUGGGAUGGUUGAUUGUUCGGAUGGCUGAUUAGUUCCAUCCGAAGAAUCGUCCUCGUUCACUCAUGCCCAAAUCACCUCCUGCCCAACUGCAGUUUAUCUUAACCAUCCAGAUCACCCAUCGAUCCGAGUUUAAGUAUUUUUGGUCGGAUGGAUGGAGGUGUUCGGGCGGAAUUCGAACUUGGACGGUGAUGGAAGAUAAUAGUUGAUGAAGGAAUCCCC